AAGAAGAAACUGGAAGCACUGAAGAUGGAGAAAAUUCGGAACCAACAUCGGAAUCACGAAUGGAUUGAGAACACGACCAACGUAGAACUACCGGACUUCGUGGAGAGAACCCUUCUUCUCGGACCGAACUUCAACAUCCAGAACAAGAAGACGAUUCCAUACGUGAGAUUCGUGGCCGACGUGGAGACAGCGAUCAGGCGAAUCCCCGAAGCAGAACACAUCAGAGGGGAAAUAUCUACGAUCAUGUCGAACUACGUCAACUAUCAACGACAGCCCAUGACGAAAGAAAACGAGUGGAUACUCAAAGACGUACUGAAAAGCCGAAAAUUCUUGAAGGAACAUCCCGAACUGUACGUAACGAAAGCGGAUAAAGGGAAUAAGACGGUCGUGUUGGCAGCCUCGGAGUAUCGUGAAAAGAUGGCGGAAAUGGUGAGUGAUACGAACACCUAUAAACUGCUAAACGACAACCCCACGAAUAGAACCUUGAGAAAACUCAAUACGAUAAUUGAACAAUGGUGGAAAGAUGGACACAUAGACACACAGACAAAAAAUCGUCUCAAAGUGUUUAACUGCCAUCCUCCAAGAAUUUAUGGCCUGCCAAAAAUCCAUAAAACCAACAGACCUCUCAGACCAGUGGUUUCGACCAUUGGUUCUGCAACGUAUCGCAUGGCCCAGUUCUUAGCGAACAUCUUGGGUAGUAUAGUGGGGAAAACACAAUAUCACGUCAAAAACAGUUUCGAAUUUGCGGAAGAAAUCUCGACCGUAGUGAUUCCAGAAGGCAGUAUCAUCUACUCCUUGGAUGUAGUAUCACUUUACACCAACGUUCCAGUUGAGAAAGUAUACGAACUCGUAGAAGAAAAGUGGGAACAACUACAAGAAUGCACCACUAUUCCUUGGGAAAGUUUCAAACAUGCAAUGAAGACGGUUCUUGAGGCAUCUUUCUUCCAAUAUGAAGGAAAAUUCUACAGCCAAACAGCGGGGGUGCCCAUGGGAUCCCCCCUUUCACCGGUUGUAGCCAACAUCAUCAUGGAAAAGGUGGAACAGGAGGCCAUAACACAGCUGGAGGAGAACAACAUCACCAUCUCAUACUACAGAAGGUACGUCGACGAUUGCUUCGUAGUCGGCAGAAGAGAGGAAGUGGAGAAGGUGGUGGAACAGUUCAACGCAGUGGAUGAGAAACUGAAUUUCACCGUGGACCAAGAAACGAACGAGUCACUCCGGUUUCUGGAUCUCACGCUCUCGAGAGAGGGUGAGAGAAUUAGAAAAAUUUGGUUUCCAAAACAACGUGACGGCAGAUACCUGGACUACAACUCAGAGAGCCCGCACACGCACAAAAUGAACACUAUGAUCGCGCUUAUUGACCGAGCACUGAAGCUAACAGAUGUCGAACGAAGGGAGGAAAGCAUUCGAAUGGUCAAACACAUUCUCCGCAAUAAUAAUUAUCCAGAGAACCUCAUCCAACGCACGAUAAAGCGUCGGGUUCAUCUCAUAUACAACACUCUUGAGAACGAACGCGAGAAUGGGGAACAAAAAAGGUAUGUGUCCAUCCCAUACAUCCCUGGUUUAAGCGAGAAGGUGAACAAAACGUUGCGAAAACACGAUAUCACAGCGUCUUUCAAACCAUGUGAUAAAGUGAAGAACACGGUCUUCACAAAAUUGAAAGACCCAAUACCACACAUGAAACAAACAAACGUGGUAUACAGUAUUCCUUGUGGAGCAUGCGAAAACAAGGAAUACAUCGGACAAACCUCUCAAACACUGGACAAGCGCAUAACGCAACACAAAAACUCGAUACGCACCAACGCUUCAGCUACGGGACUCACGCAACACGCGGUAGACAACGGGCAUCACUUUGACUUCUCUCGAACUCGGAUCCUAGAGAGAAUAAAUAAUGAUGCAAGCAGAUUGGCUGCUGAAGUGGUCCACAUAAAGAUCAACAACGAAACGACGGUUAAUUUACAGCGUGACGUAGACGGGUUUUCGAACACAUACAACAACUUGAUUAACAAACUAAAAGACGAACAACGACGAACACGACGACAGCAAGAGAGACGAGGACAUAUUACUUAAAAACGAAACGAUUUUAGAAUUAAGUGUACCGCCUUGACAAACGAACGUCCGGCGGAAUUGUAAGUGUUUGUAUUGUAAAAUUUUGAAUGUUUAUAAUGUUUGUAAUUUGUGAUUUGUAUUUUGUAUUAUUUAAUCUGACAGUUCUGAAGAUGACCGAAAGCAAUAAAGUAGGUUGAAACGUAAAGAAGAGUAAAAAUGAGUUUUAAAUCAUCACCGAAAAACACCAAUUGAAUCCCAUGAAGAUAAAGUAAACGGUGAUCAAAACAACGAUAAGAGCCAUUGCUAAAGUACCGUAGAUGGGGGUGACAAUGGGUCUGGGGGGUGAGAUUGGGUCAAAACAGAGAAACAUAACAUUUGAAAUAGCUCAUUAACUAUCGUUAAUUUAUAUUUAAAACUUUAUAUUAUUUCAAAGAGGAGAUGUUUUUACACGUCAUGAUGCAGAAUAAGAUUUUCUGCAAUAAUCUUUUUUUUUUUAUUAAAUUUGUGGCUAAACUUAUAUGACGAAACUACUUGUAAAUCACUUUGAAAAAAAUUUCUCCUUCGUUAUGUUUAACACAAGUACCUAACCAUAAAUUUUCUUAUAAGUGGAUAGCUGUAGGUAUUACCUGGUUGAUGUAAUGAAAAAAGCGGGCUGUCAUUGCUCUUUUUAUUUAAAAACUCAAUAUUGUCGACCCUAUGUCUAAAUAUUAAGAAUGGGGGUGAGAUUGGGUCAAGUAAGUUAUCGAGUGCACAUAACCUUAACUAAAAACUCAACUUAUUAUCCAGUCCCCAUUUGUCGUUAGAGUGGUGCCAUGUUCACCGUAUCUUCAUAAAAGCACGCUUUCUUCCAAAAAUAUGUCGAGAAGUGUCAAACGAGUGUUUUAAUACGCUUAGUGCAUAAAAUCAUUUAUAACAAUACACCCAUGCGUUUGGACAGCUCCUCUAAUCAUCAGCUAAUCUUUAGUGUACUGCAAUGUCGUAAGCUCACAAAAUAGACUUAACACAAUUGAGUUGUCCAAGAAAUGUCUCACGAAACCUAAUGCAAGCCUAUCCAUAUACGUGAGAACAAAAGAUGUUUACAAAGUUCUUACAGAUUUUUUUUUCCUCCCCUGUUGGGGAAAUUAAGCCACUGCGUCCAAAGUUCUUACAGAUAGAUUAACACGGGAAAUCUGAACACAAACCACUACCACACAGGAAUUUGGAUUGGUCAAUAUUUGAACGACCCUCUAUCUUGAGAUGGAGUGAUUUGUUUUAGCAAUAUAGAGGCCAAUGAUCAUGUACAUAAGAGUUUAUAACGGAGGGUUUGGUUAAACAUUUCUUAUGCAGUAUACUAAAACUAUCAUGUUUUUUUUACAAUCAAUCUUUCAAUGCGCCCCUCCCUCAUUGUAAUCUCCCCUCCUCUCAUGGAGGUUGAAACUCUUAAUGAGGAUGAUGAUGGCAAAAAAUGGUGAUACAGUAUGCAAACGAUAUUUUGUCAAAUUUCAACCAUUUGUUCGGUUGUAUUAGCCCUUUUAGGUGGAUUAAUCAUCUUUUAAAAUUACCUAAGUUUUUAUUCGUCAUGAUUACAUUAUGUUUUAAGUAGGUUUACUAGAUAUGAUUAUUAAAAUUAACUUAUAUUCUUAGAUAGGUGAUUUCGAAUACUUUGACCCAUUCUCAUCCCCUCUAAGGGGUGAGAUUGGGUCAAUUUUCAAUCAUUUGUAGUUUAGUAGGCAAUUCAUAUAACGUGAUACUUUCUUGCUAAACUAUCAUUACCACAUAGGAGAGUAUACAUACCAAAUAAAAAGUUAUUCCGAUUUCAAUUGCAUAUGUUAUUUAACAAACAAUAUUUGAGUAUCCUUUUUUUUAACCAUUCUCACCCCCAACGACGGUAACAUAAAUGCAUGUGCUGUACAUUUGCAUUUGCACAUGCUUGAUACGUGCAACUAGAAAAACCAAAACAAAAAUCUAUUUGUUGCACCGGUUUCGUUAUCGACGGUACUGAUGCCCACAUGAAUGUUUUGACCAUUAUUUUUUUUCGCCGGGUCGGGAGUCCAACCAGAAUUGUUAAAGACCGCUAGAUGAGUUCCAUACGCGCCUUGGACCGUUUCUGCUGCAGUGAUAACAACAGAAAUUUCAUUAACUUAAGGUGAAUCGGGACGCUGUGUUAUUUUUCCUAUCUUCCCUCUCUUUCUAACAAUUUGCCUCGCGAUUUUGAAGAUGGUAAUCUCGAUUUCUAUCGCACAGAUGAGGCUGAAAAACAAUCAGCAUAUGCACUGCAAGUGAGCAUACAUAAUGAUAGAUUUUUGUUCCAUUAUAUGAAGUAGAAUCUGAGAUUACCAUCUUAGUAGAAACAGAGCAAUGGCGGAUAUUUCCUCGACCGUCCCGUCCGCCCUUAAAGGAAACUGUUCUUCUGUCUCAAUCAUUGCAGUAGAGGGCAAAACGACUAUGUAAUAGAAUGCAGUAAUUUAUCACAAUCUGAUAAAUUACUGAUAAAUACAUUAUGCAUUUUCGAAUAUAUUUAAUCAAUAUAAGAAAAUUAAAAGCACGAUUAAAACACCCUUAGCUUCGCAUACUGCUCAUAUGCUAAUUGUGGUUUCCAUCAUUAUUGGCAUGUGAUAGCAGCCUACAGAAAAGAGAAAAGGUCAUCUCUAAAAAGGUUUUGCUGUCGUCGAUCGGUGGCUCAAACGGGGAUUAAGUUGGCCUGGAGUCGAACCAGAAACGUUGAAGACCGCUUGAGUUGACCGUAAAGUUGUUAAUCUUCUUAACCCACCAUCAGUUGCUUGCGUGUACUGAGUACACGCAUCUCAGAAAAAUGCAAAAAAUAAUCGAAAUUCGCACCAAAUUAAACCGGGUGUUGGUCCUAUUCCAAGAUCCACUCUUCUUCUUGUUAGUAAGGCAGAAAAAAAAAUGGAAAAAUGCACGGAAAGUACUCGAAAACUACGUAAUUCUAACCUCACAUUUUGAAUGUGUACUCAGUACACCGGCGCGACCGCUGGUGUAAUUUUUUUGUGAACCAGACCGUUACACGAGCGGUCGCGUCGUGUACUCAGUACACGGCAUAGGCUUUCAAUUAUGGUUUAUAUGCUUUACUAGAUACAAUGUUGGUGUCUUCUGCAAAAAUGUCCAACUGGAUAAUGCGCGUCUGAUAGUGGACAUGUGGAGCCAGUCAACACGAUCUGGUCCUGUCCCGGGUGUCGGAAUGGCCCUCGCGGGAACCUGUUUCGUGGACAUUUCAGUUAUGGCACCAAAACUAGGCAUGCGACGGCUCUAUCUUCAUGAUUUUCCAUAUCCAUUAUUUUGGUAACCAUGAAAAUGACCAGUGACCUCCCUGGCCAACCCGUGGCCACCGGAAUGUGCCCUGGAGGAACCUGUUUCGAGGACAUUUUGACCAUGACACCAAAACUAGGCUUGCGACGGCUCUAUCGUCAUGAUUUUUCAUAACCAUUAUCUUAGUAACUAUGAAAAUGACCAGUGACCUCCCUGUCUAACCCGUGGCCACCGGAAUGUGCCCUGGAGGAAUCUGUGAUGAGGACAUUUUGACCAUGACACCAAAACUAGGCUUGUGACGGCUUUAUCUUCAUGAUUUUCCAUAUCCAUUAUUUUGGUAACCAUGAAAAUAACCAGUGACCUCCCUGACUAACCGUGGCCACCGGAAUGUGCCCUGGAGGAACCUGUUUCGAGGACAUUUUGACCAUGACACCAAAACUAGGCAUGCGACGGCUCUAUCUUCAUGAUUUUCCAUAUCCAUUAUUUUGGUAACCAUGAAAAUGACCAGUGACCUCCCUGACUAACCCGUGGCCACCGGAAUGUGCCCUGGAGGAACCUGUUUCGAGGACAUUUUGACCAUGACACCAAAACUAGGCAUGCGACGGCUCUAUCGUCAUGAUUUUUCAUAACCAUCAUCUUAGUAACCUUGAACAUGACCAGUGACCUCCCUGUCUAACCCGUGGCCACCGGAAUGUGCCCUGGAGGAAUCUGUGAUGAGGACAUUUUGACCAUGACACCAAAACUAGGCUUGUGACGGCUUUAUCUUCAUGAUUUUCCAUAUCCAUUAUUUUGGUAACCAUGAAAAUAACCAGUGACCUCCCUGACUAACCGUGGCCACCGGAAUGUGCCCUGGAGGAACCUGUUUCGAGGACAUUUUGACCAUAACACCAAAACUAGGUAUGCGACGGCUCUAUCGUCAUGAUUUUUUAUAACCAUCAUCUUAGUAACCAUGAACUUGACCAGUGACCUCCCUGGCUAACCCGUGGCCACCGGAAUGUGCCCUGGAGGAACCUGUGUCGAGGACAUUUUGACCAUGACACCAAAACUAGGCAUGCGACGGCUCUAUCUUCAUGAUUUUCCAUAUCUAUUAUUUUAGUAACCAUGAAAAUGACCAGUGACCUCCCAGGCGAACCCGUGGCCACCGGAAUGUGCCCUGGAGGAGCCUGUUUCGAGGACAUUUUGACCAUGACACCAAAACUAGGCAUGCGACGCCUCUAUAUUCAUGAUUUUCCAUAUCUAUUAUUUUAGUAACCAUGAAAAUGACCAGUGACCUCCCUGGCCAACCCGUGGCCACUGGAAUGUGCCCUGAAGGAACCUAUUUCGAGGACAUUUUGAUCAUGACACCAAAACUAGGCUUGCGACGGCUCUAUCUUCAUGAUUUUCCAUAUCUACUAUUUUAGUAACCAUGAAAAUGACCAGUGACCUCCCUGGCCAACCCGUGGCCACCGGAAUGUGCCCUGGAGGAACCUGUUUCGAGGACAUUUUGACCAUAACACCAAAACUAGGCAUGCGACGGAUCUAUCGUCAUGAUUUUUCAUAUCCAUCAUCUUAGUAACCAUGAAAAUGACCAGUGACCUCCCUGGCUAACCCGUGGCCACCGGAAUGUGCCCUGGAGGAACUUUUUCGAGGACAUUUUGAUCAUGACACCAAAACUAGGCAUGCGACGGUUCUAUUUUCAUGAUUUUCCAUAUCCAUCAUCUUUGUAACCGAAAAAAAACUGCGAGUGACCUCUCUGUGUAACCCGUGGCUACCAGCUAUGCAUGGGCUCUAUCUCCAUGAUCUUCAUCUUCUUUUUUGUGUAACGUCCAUACUGGGGCAAAGCCUGAUACUCAGCUUAAUGUUCUAUGAGCACUUCCACUGUUAUUAACUGAGAGCUUCCUUUGCAUAUGAUCAUUUUGCAUGUGUAUAGCGUGAAGCAGGCACAAAGAUACUCUAUAACGAAGAAAGCUAAGAAAAAAUCCAUUACAAAAAGUUCCAGUACCGACCGCGAAUCGAACCUGUCACCAUCAGCAUGCAUAUACUGAAUAAUCACGCCUUCACAACUGAGGAUAUAGUGGUUUUCUAUCGUCAUGAUGUUUCAUGUACAUCAUCUUUGUAACUGUGAACAGUGCCAGUCAUCUCUCUGGUUAACCUCUGGCCACUGGAAUUUGCCCUGAAGAAACCUGUUCCGAAUACAUUUUGCCCAUGGCUCUUCAUGUUUUUUCACCUUCGUUAUUAAAAUAGGAUCAGUGACCUAUCUGUCACACUCGUGGCCACUGGGGGCAACGGUUACCAAGCCAAUGAAUAUAAAAAUUAUGAAGAUAGAGCCGUCCUCUAACAUGUUCCUGUGGCCAAAGGUUUAUGCUAGCGCUAGGUAUCGCUCAAGUAAUUUCCGUUCAGUUCAUUAUUUUUUCUUUACCGGAAUGGCCAAGAACUUCAACACAGAGAGCUUCAUUUGAUUUGACGUAUCUUCUCAGUUCCGUACUGGAGUCAAGAAGAAUCAAAAGCUUCCUCAUUUCUCGAGCGAUUUCUUACCUGAAUUUUCCACGCAUCGAGAUAGGCCAAAAAAUCUUGCGAACUGCGUACUUCUUAUAAUGCAAGGACGCUGCACAGUGGUUCUACCAUAGGUCUAAACCUUUGACCACAAUCAACUGUGAUAUCAAUGUGGUAACAUAAAGUAUAUUGAUUUUUUUUUCUAAUUUCAGUUCUAGUUUGCAUUCAUCACUCUACCAUCCAACAUGUGUUUAGUUGAUUGAUUCUUAUAUGGUUGAAAACGAUGUAAAUGUAAAAUUUAGAUGCUGCAUACUUUAUCAUCUUAUUUGAAUAAGUGUGACUGGUUUAUGAUUUUUCAAAAAAUGUUUCCCCUUACAAUCUCUUUGGACGUUAUUUUUUAUAAAUCUUCCCUAUUAUAUUGAACAAUAAUUUACUGACGAAUUCAGUAGUAAUUUUUAUACAUUACAUUUCAAUAUUCUUAAGCAGCUGUGAGUACCGUGGAUGGCCCAAACUAAUAUUAGUAUACAUUCAUAACUCGAUGUAACGUAACAACAUUUUUAUGUUCGUUACGAUAUAUCAAAGUUACGUUAUAUCGAAGCCAAAAAAGAUCCCCCGCCAAAUUAUCUUAUUCACUCAACAAUGAUUUUUAACCUUGUUUAAAUGUUUUUUUUAUUGUUGUAUUUUAUAUACCUAUCUUCAAAAGUCAAGAAGGAUAGGAUAGGAAGAAUAGAAUACUUUUGAAAUAUUUCCACCGAAAUAAUUCAUCCGUGGGAUAUAUCACAAAAUUUCGGCAGAAAUUUAUCAAGAAAUUUAUCUAGGGAUUUAUCAGAGAAUUUCUUGAGCGAUUUUCUGCAGGGUUCUUCUAAGACUGGGCGGACUUGCCCCGGCGUUAUAACUCGCAGUAUCGCAUGAAACCGAAUUUGCUUCCACUUCUGUCUACUGUCAUGUCUUUUGGAGUUGGAAGGCUAUGUUUCAGUAGGAAUGAUAUGUCAAGAAUAAGUACAGUAGACGUUCGGUCGGUGCAAACGCUUUAACUGCAAUGCUUUUUACCUGUAAGUCCGGUGAGUUCAACAAAUUUGGAGUUAUCGCACCGCCAAACGUCAAAAUGAUGUGCCAUGUUUGCCCUAAUAGGCUGGAGGAAUUGGAUGAAUGUGGAUGAAUUAAACGAAGAGAAAAAGCAGGAUCUUCAUAUAACGAAAUGCAGAAGUAACUGAUGCUGUGAAUAAGUUCCUCUGGCCUAUGAACAGUCGCAUGGAGUUCACGUUCAUUUUACGUCAAUUGAUGGCUUUACGACAUCUGUCAGGCGUUGCAGUUACUCAAUUUCAUUCAAUAAGUGAAACGUAAACAUGUUGCAGUUAGCAGUUAAACAAAAUUACUGACACCGAAAACUGUCAUAUAACUGCGAAAGUGUUCGUAUAGCGCUAAACUGGUUAGUAGACUUGGUUCCAGGAGGAGCGUAAUAUGAUAAAGACUAUUCCGUGAAUCACGUUUAUUAUUCAAAUAGCAAAACAUUGGAACCAUAAAAAAAGUUACGUUAUAUCAAGGUAAAAGUUACGUUAUACUGAGUUACGUAAUAUCGAGGCUACGUUAUACCGAGGUAUGAAUGUAUACAAAUCAGUUGGUAACCAAAUUCACAAUACUAAAAAUUUCGGCUCCGUUUAUUUCUUUUUAUUCGAAAAUUACAAAACUAGAUUGGACAUAUUUUUAUACAAUACAAAAACGCUUUUGGGAGGCAAAUAUGUAUCAAAUUAACGGAUUCACCAUGCUAUAAGCGAAAUUAUAAGCAUGACCACCUCAUAUAGAGUUAUUGCACACCUUGGAACCUCGCUAAUUGUUGCACACUCCAUGCUUUUCUUAUGAGGUGUGCAACAAUUGGCGAGUUUUUAAGGUGUGUAACAAUUGGCGAUUUACCCUAGAUGAUGGAUAUGGAAAAUCAUGAAGCUAGAGCCGUCGCAUGCCUAGUUUUGGCGUCAAAGCCAAAAUGUCCACGAAACAGAUUCCUCCAGGGCACAUUCCGGUGGCCACGGGUUAGACAGGGAGGUCACUGGUCAUUUUCAUGCUUACUAAGAUGAUGGAUAUGAAAAAAAUCAUGAAGAUAGAGCCGUCGCAUGCCUAGUUUUGGUGUCAUGGUCAAAAUUUCCUCGAAACAGGUUCCUCCAGGGCACAUUCCGGAGGCCACGGGUUAGCAAGGGUCAUUUUCAUGGUUACUAAGAUGAUGGAUAUGAAAAAUCAUGAAGAUAGAGCCGUCGCAUGCCUAGUUUUGGUGUCAUGGUCAAAAUGUCCUCGAAACAGGUUCCUCCAGGGCACAUUCCGGUGGCCACGGGUUAGCCAGGGAGGUCACUGGUCAUUUUCAUGAUUACUAAGGUGAUGGAUAUGAAAAAUCAUGAAGAUAGAGCCGUCGCAUGCCUAGUUUUGGUGUCAUGGUCAAAAUGUCCUCGAAACAGGUUCCUCCAGGGCACAUUCCGGUGGCCACGGAUUAGCCAGGGCGGUCACUGGUCAUUUUCAUGAUUACUAAGGUGAUGGAUAUGAAAAAUCAUGAAGAUAGAGCCGUCGCAUGCCUAGUUUUGGUGUCAUGGUCAAAAUGUCCUCGAAACAGGUUCCUCCAGGGCACAUUCCGGUGGCCACGGGUUGGCCAGGGAGGUCACUGGUCAUUUUCAUGGUUACUAAGAUAAUGGUUAUGAAAAAUCAUGACGAUAGAGCCGUCGCAUGCCUAGUUUUGGUGUCAUGGUCAAAAUGUCCUCGAAACAGGUUCCUCCAGGGCACAUUCCGGUGGCCACGGGUUGGCCAGGGAGGUCACUGGUCAUUUUCAUGGAUACCAAAAUAAUGGAUAUGGAAAAUCAUGAAGAUAGAGCCGUCGCAUGCCUAGUUUUGGUGCCAUAACUGAAAUGUCCACGAAACAGGUUUCCGCGAGGGCCAUUCCGACACCCGGGACAGGACCAGAUCGUGUUGACCGGUUCCACAUGUCCAGUAUCAGACGCGCAUUAUCCAGUUGGACAUUUUUGCUGAAGACACCAACAUUGUAUCUAGUAAAGCAUGUAAACCAUAAUUGAAAGCGUAUGCCGUGUACUGAGUACACGACGCGACCGCUCGUGUAACUUUUUUUGAUGCGACUGAUGGUGGGUUAAUUUCAUGUGUUUACCAUUAGAGUCAAGCUUUUAUAAUUGUAUUGUUAGAGCAAACUUUGCUAGUUUGUGCAUUGCAUUUGUUCAGUUUUUGCAGUGUUGAAUUAUUGAAGUAUCUUAUAUCACCAUUUAAUGAACUCUAAUGUAAAGAAAAAUGCAAUGCAUCAUUACAUUGAUAAUGCCAAUCUAAAGGAUUAUUGCAUGAAAAGUGUGGAAUUUCUGCAUUUCGCAUUGCAAAGGUUGAUAUUCAGUCUAAUUCGUGCAAUGAUACAAUGCUUGUGGUUACUUGGGUAAUACAUACAGUAUCGGACAAUAAAAAUGCACCAAAGCCGUUUUCCCAUACAAACUAGUCAACUUUGGAUUGCCCAGUGAAGAGAAUUGUCAGACAAAAGAGGCAUAAAACAAGCAACAAAGAAGGUGUGACGAUUACUCUUUAUCCCUACUGGUGACAGAUAAUGACAUGAUCU